UGUUCUGCAUCUUAUUAUAUUACUGAUCCCUCUUAUCGAUAUUCUACCCGUACACUAUAUACACAGACUCCUACUAUAUACAUUCACACACAUAUACACAGUGUCUGUCGCUUCUUCCCCGCUCUAGCUCGUUCUCUGUCGAUCUAUUUAUUUAUCUAUCUGUCUGUCUGUCUGUCUCUGCUCGCCACCGACAAUAAUUCCAAGGUUUCAAUCCCCACUACUAUCACCAUCGCCACCACCACCACCUCCACACAGACAUACCCAUAAAAUGGCUCUAAUGUAGGUCUUAAUUCAGUCGUCUAUUGGAUAGUUGACAACCAACUAAACAGAAUAAUAUUUCAUCCACAGAAUUUUAAAAAAAAGCUUCUUCCUGUGUAUAAGGAUCUCCUUCUCUCUCUCAUAUGCAUCUACAGAUACAUUCUUCGUCGCACUGAAUUCUGUACGCAUAUGAAUACACCCAUUCACCACCGACUCUUGCACAGACACGCACUCACAUACACACAUACAUAUAGUCUCUCCUAUACGGAUGUUAGUUCAUAUCGUCACUCACACAGCAGUUAAUAAAGGAAAAGAACAGUAAACAAGGACUGAAACAAUGGAUUAAAUUUCGACAAUAACAAUAGCAACAUCGAUUUUUAUCUAGAAUGUAAUGCCUGUAAACAGUGAAAAUUGUCUAAAGUGUUGAUAAUGGUGACUAUUAUUGUUGUUAUGUCUUGAUAAUUGUGAUAAUGAUGUCGAUAUUUGUUGUAUGGAGACUGCAGCUACAAGUGGUUGUUUUCUCGUGAAAUGGCAUCGCACAGUAAAGACGGCAGCCAUCCUGCCGGAACUGGUGCAGUCUGCGACAGUAUGGAUCGUUUAGGGGAUGUAUGGCAGCCCCUAGCGAUGGACGAUCAAGGAGGAUCGAGUCAAGAAAAAUGCUUGACGACUACAGCAACAAUACCUAUACCCACAAGAACAAUAGCGAUCAGUCCUUCGUUGACUGCGACUGGCUCUAUGGAAGGUCAAUGUACUGACCACCACUACAACCUUCACCACAACUACCCAUUGACGAGUGUACAGAUGUCAUCGUCACCACCCCUAUCAUCAUCACCACCGUCAUUAUCAUCAUCAUCGUCAUCAUCAUUGUUAUAUCAGUCUCGCUGUAGAUCAGCGUCAUCGUCGUCCGUAGGGACGGUUGCGGCGGCGUCGAGUUACCCUUACAGCCACGCGGCACACUCGGGUGGGUCUUCGAUUGGACUUACUCGAACGACCACUACUACGUCGGUAGCCUCCACCUUGUUGUAUGAGAACCCGGAGUUACGUGAACAUGAACCUAUGACUGGACUACUAGGACUUAUUCCCGCGAAGGCCCUUAAAGGGAUGUUUAACGAGUGUGAACUGUUGUUGACCUGUAUAGCUGCAAAUGGGGAAUACAUAUGUCUUGGUACCAAUGUUGGCCUCGUUUUCAUGUUCAACAGAAACAAACGUUGCCUGGAGAGGUUACGCUGUGAGAAAAACGACGAAUUGGUGACGUGUGUGAAGAUCCAGCAUGGAAUUGACUACCAAGUGGCUGCUGGUACUUCUAUGGGAGGUUUAUAUAUGUUUAACAUUCCAUCAGAUCUGGUAGCUAACCGAAAGCUACCUCAACGUUUCUCUGUCCAAGAUGUCCACAGUACACCUCUGACGUGUCUAGAAUGGAGUCCAAAUGGUAUGAAAUUGUUCAGUGGAGACAAGAAAGGUGUGGUAGUUUGUACCGAAGUGGAUUUCCAGAAGGGCCGGUGCCAGUCUUCGGUGCUGCUAACAGAAUUCUUGUCUGAAAUUGUUCAACUCAGCUAUUUCCAAAGGGCCCUUUUAGUGUCCACAAGCAUGCGUGCCCUGAUUUGUCGAACAGACAGAGACAAUGAAAUUAUCCAAGUUGGACAAAAGAAACGAAAAAUACCUGGUAACUAUGGUGCUUGCUUCAUCCCAAUGUUGUGUAAAUUAGCUGAUGCUCAAUUGUAUGCCGGACGACCCGGUCAACGUGUUUGGAUGUCUAACAUUGAUGGUGUAGUGCAGGCCACUCACAUCUUUAAACACCUCACUACAGACUGUCGAGAAAUUCCUCUUUUACAUUACAAUCACUAUCACUCCACUGACAACUUGGCAGUUACAGACCAGCAGUUUGGUCACCUUUGUCCUUACGGUGACAGCCGGCAAAUUGUCACCUGGAAUAAGAAGGCCCUCUUUCUUCUUGAUCCCGGAAAGAACGUGGUCAUUGGUAAACAAGACCAGUUCGGUCACAUCAUCGAUGUGGCAAUUAAUUCAAAAGAAAUAUUUGUCUUAACACGGACUUCGAGCAGACAAGUCAUUCGGAUAUCUCCGCAACCAGAAUGUCAAAGAUAUAAAGUCGGACUGACCGUCAACAUCACUGCAGCCAACGCAUCCAAGAACGAGGACGAAUAUCGCAACAGAUCCAAUUCUCCAAUCCAUUUCCUUCCAGCCAAUAUUUUCGGAAUCAUUCGACCGAAAGAAUCUAAGUAUUCACCGUCAGCUUAUUCAAGGAAAUCUUCCGAGCCUAAAAGCUCUGAAUUUCAGUUUCCCAAAGAAGCUCGUAGCCGAACGCGUUCUUUAUCCUCGCAAGAUGAUCUAAACCGUUCGAGUGACAGCAACAGCUCACAAAGAACUUCUCUAGACUUUGCAAAAUCCAUGUUCCAACCAACCGAGAAAAGAGGCAAAUCAGACACCAGCAAGGAGUCUCUCAGUAAGUCUCCUCGGACUGUGUUGCCACCAUUAAUAACCCUCCCCUCCGAUGACAUUAUCCAACUUGAAUUGUUUUCCCAAGCUAUUGACAAUGAUUCCGGUUUUGAUCCUCACACGGCAACUGAGGAAAUCUGCACAGGUAUUGCAGCUACUGAACUAAUCGGUGCCGAUGCCAUGUCGGAAGACAAAGGUGAUUCUGCUGCUGAGCCAGUGUCGCACUCAGAGCGAAAGAACUCCAAAAUGUUGGUGAGACGCAGCUUCGUUGACAGGAUUGACAUGUCCAAUUAUGACGACAAUGAGAUCGUUUUCAAGAGUAAGACGAAGAAGAAGAAACAUGGUUCCGGUAUUAAAUCCAAAAAACGCUUCAGCUGUAUUGAAACUACCUCCCAGCUUUCAGAUACUUGUUCUGUGGACAGCCUUGAAAUAUCCGCCACCCCAAAUAGUGUCUGUGAUAACAUCAAGGCUUCUUCUUCGAACCUUCAACACAAAACCCUGACUAAUAAUUCUUUUGAGGCAUCACUAAAUCUCAGUGACCAACUUGUUCUAACUGCAACUUCUCCAGGAAGCUGCCAGUCUCUGUCUUCGACUGACAAUUCUUCUGCCACAUCUCCAGAGAAUCCAGAAAAUGUUACUGAUUCAGACGAGAACCUAAUACCUCCAUCUCUCCCUGUAAUCACCUGUUGUAGGUCUGUUGAGAAAGAAACUGACGAUACACUGUUGAAAUUUAAAGAAACUAAGGUUGUCAAGUCUGAACCAAUCAGAACCGACAUUGCUAGUGAUAAUACAUCGUUGAAAGCAGAACUUAAUAGUUCUGCUGAAAAAACUCAGAGUUUACCUCACAACACAGUUCAAAUAGACAAUGAUGAAGGCAAUAAAGGUAUUCAGGAGAACACCACAAAGAUUUUUGUCCAGGACUUGACUUCUGAUUCCGAUUCCAGUCCCUUGGGUGAAACUCCUGUCAAUUUGUCGACUGGAAGUAAUAAAGUAUCUGAGGAUCACAAAGUAGGUGAUCCGUUCUCAAAACGCAAUGAACCCAUAAAAAGUGCAUCCUCUCCGCAACUGUCUACAGAGAAUGCAUCAGAAAGUGAGCAACCUGAAUGCAAUAACUCUCUGCAUGUCUGCACUGUUGCUGAUAAGGCUUUGUCACCUUUAGAAAAAAUUGUCGACAGUACAGGUAACAUGACGUUAGAAAAUGGGGAAAAUGUUUCGUAUUACACGGAAAGCAAUGACACUAACGAAACAGCUCGUUAUGACUUUGACUCUCCUAAUCACUGUCCAAGACCUGCCAAUCUUUCAACCGAUGUUAAUCCUUUGCCACAACAGCUGACCCGUGAAACUUCAUCUAAACCGCCAUUGCACAGGUCAGAGAGUACAGAUUCUACAACUGAAGAAGACUUUUAUAGAAUGUAUCGAUCUUCAUCUUCUGUUAGCUUUCUAGAAUCUCCUCUACAGCCUUCUAAUAAUGGUGUCACGCAUCUUUCCAAUACUGAUAACAAAUCAAGUUCUGCUUUCACAAAUUCCAAAAAUCUCUCCAAACUUGAAGAGCAAGAAAAAGACAGGAAAAAUGAAGUGUUACCAAAGCAAAUUCUUCUACCAAAGUUAGUUAACAGUUGGUUGGUGUGGAGUGUUCCAGAAAAUAUCCACAGUUUAUCUGCAACUCAUUCACACAUUUGGUACACAGACAGAAGUGAAAACCUCUUCUAUCGACAAACAGAUUCGAUGUCAGGAGCCUGGCAUAAAGUUGACUUGUACGCCCAUCAGAUUGCUGUUUCACGCUCUGGCAAUAUAUUUUGGCGCCUCUACCAAAACACAGUGUACGUGGCCAUAGGAGUGAGUGCACGAAAGCCCGAGGGUAAAAAACAGGUGGAAGCCAUCCGAGACGUAGCCUAUAUUGCUGUCGACAAUGACUGUGGAUGGUAUAUCAAGGUAAAUGGAGAGAUAGCUGUGCAUAAAAAGCUUUCAAGAGAGCGACCAGCAUACCGCAGUCAGAAAAUACCCUGUGAAUAUAACCUCAUCCAACUAGCAUGUCUGAAUCAAGUAAUCUGGGGCCUUACCAAAGAAGGACAGCUUGUGUGUCGAGCUGGUGUCUCUGACCAGCAUCCAGAAGGAGAUGAGUGGUGUAAAUAUGAGGGCCCAUCUAACUGGCAUGUUCCUGAAAUGAUGAAUAUCGCAUUAGGUGACAACAACAUUGGCUGGUGUGUGGAUACCCAAGGUCGGGUGUGGUUCUGUACAAAUGUAACUCGAGAACAUCCUUUCGGACAAGGAAUGUGGUACCAAGUUGCCUUUAGUGAUUAUUUUAUGAUGGACCCAACAAUGACCGACAUGAUGAGGUCUGUGGCUGAACGACUCGAUCCACAGAAGUUGUCCCAAUUGCUAAUAUCUCCAAGAGGGGGCGGACUGAUUGCUGCUACGCAUGUCGGCACCUGGUUUGUGCCAAGUUAUAGAAAUGUCAUUCAAGUUUGUAAAAGUAUCAUGCAAGGUCAUCACUGGACCAUAACUCCACCCCUUGGCAUGGCUAUAUCAUCGUCUUGGAGAUUAGUUAGUGCUGGUGCAUACACCGAAGAACAUGAAUAUAUCUGGGCACAGCAUGUCAAUGGAGAAAUGGUGAUAUUCUCACCGGAAGCUCGUCACUUUAAGAUGGUCUCCCAACCUUCAAUUACAAACCACUUCAUUUGUAUUAGUGCCUCCGAAGAUUCCCUGUGGGGUCUUGCUACCAAUGGAACCAUAUAUGUCCGUAGUGCUGUCCGCAGUACUUGUCCUGAAGGAAUUAACUGGGUGCGAUUGGAUCUAGAGCAGCUAGGAAACAAUUUCUUUACCCAUCUUUCCUGCGGCAGUGACUGUAUCUGGGCUGUGGAUAACAAAGGCAGCGUCUACCACAAGUUUGGAGUGCAUCCUCCGUCUCAUACUGUAUUCACGCCUGUCUGGCUCCAGGUGGACCCGGAGCCCAAUGGUAUAUGUUUCACUCAUGUAAUAGCUGGACCUGAGAACUGGAUGGUUUGGGCCAUUGACAACCGAAAGCAAGUGUAUAUGAGGGAUGGUAUUUCAGAUAAAAUGUCUAUUGGAACGAAAUGGUGCCAGGUUACUGGUACCCCUGCAAAUCAGUUAAGUAUAAGCAAGUUAACUGUCUGGGCCCUAAAUCCUGAGGGAGAAAUAUUGCAUAGACUUGGCGUCUCUAUUGCUAACCGAGGUGGAGAUUACUGGAAGAAAAUACCUGGCGUAUUUUCUUUUCUAUCAGCGUCUCCGUCUAAUGAGCUGUGGGCAAUCAGUAAAGAACUACAGCUGUAUCGUCAUCACACGAAGUUUAUUUAUCGCAAACGUCAAUCAGCAAUGCCUGCCGCACCUGCUGACCUGCUGGACCAAUCGACAAUGGACGAUGAUUGGGAAAUUGUAUAAUUACCUACCACCACCACUACCGCCGCCGCCGCCCAUUUACACACACAAACACACACACACACUCACACACAUACAAACAAAACACACAUGUAUAUAAGUAACCCUUGACCUGCUAGAAAUAACAGCCAAAUCUCUACCGUCUUUUUAAAAACAGGAAGGACACAUUGGAUUAUGUUACGUAAUCAUUGAGAUACAGGAAGAUCCUUGACUUGCUAGAAAUAACAGCCAAAUUUCUACCUUCUUUUUUAAAAACAGGAAGGACACAUUGGAUUAGUUACGUAAUCAUUGAGAUACAGGAAGAUCUUUGACCUGCUAGAAAUAACAGCCAAAUUUCUACCUUCUUUUUUAAAAACAGGAAGGACACAUUGGAUUAUGUUACGUAGUCAUUGAGAUACAGGAAGAUCCAAGACCUGCUAGAAAUAACAGCCAAAUCUCUACCUUCUUUUUUAAAAACAGGAAGGACAUAUUGGAUUAUGUUACGUAAUUAUUGAGAUACAGGAAGAUCCUUGAUCUGCUAGAAAUAACAGCCAAAUUUCUACCUUCUUUUUUAAAAACAGGAAGGACACAUUGGAUUGUGUAACGUAAUUAUUGAGAUACAGGAAGAUCUUUGACCUGCUAGAAAUAACAGCCAAAUUUCUACCUUCUUUUUUGAAAACAGGAAGGACACAUUGGAUUAUGUUAUGUAGUCAGAGAUCCAGGAAGAUGGGAUUGCUGGAAUGUCUCAUUGCUUGUAGGUUCUGCUUGAUAGGGGUUGACCUGGGGUUAAACCACAGCAACACACACACACAUAUACACCCCUACAACUUCCCAUUUCCUGACACUCUGUUCAUUUACUCCCAUCCACUCCUGUUACUGUUUGUCUUUACCAACAUAUAUAUGAAUAAUAAUAAUAAUAAUAAUAAUAAUAACAAUAAACCUUGAGUUCAAUGCAACCCCAUAAAGCUGGUUCACUAGUCAGCAUCAUUAGACAGUGGCCAGCAUAAUGGAAUGGGAGCUUUAUUUGCAUAUUCAAAACAUUUCCCCAUAAACAAAAAUUAAAAGAAGUGGGUGUGUGUGCAUUUGGGUGUUUGUGGCUGUAUAUGUGUGUGUGUGUGUAUAUAUAUAUAUAUAUAUAUAUAUAUAUAAAAACAAUCAUACACAUAAUUACACACACACACACAAUCAUGUACUCACAAUUACACAUAUACAUACACAAUCAUGUACACACAUUUUCAUAUACAUAUAUAUAUAUAUAUGUUUGAUUGAUAAAUUCAAUAAUAGGAUAAAAAUCUUUUACAAGAAUUUUAUCAGGAAGCCAGUGUGUAGAAAAAUUCGUAAGGGAAAUUUCUAUUCCCAAGAAUAUAAUUAUUCGUUUAUAUUUAUAUAAGGGGAAUUACUACAGAAUAAUGCCACACACUGUUUUUUCCUCGCAUUUGGUACUAAAUGUGUUUAUUUUGGAAAGUCCAGUGUGUGGCAUUAUUCUGUAGUAAUGCCCCUUAUAUAAAUAUAUAUAUAAUUAUAUGCACACGCACUCACACACAUACAAACACACACAACACUUACAUACACACAUGCAAAUAAUCAUGGACGUAGAAUAACAUGUAAAUAUGCGUGUGUGCAUUUGUGUAUGCGUGUGAUUAAUAACUGUUCCAAAAUCACAAAAUGUAAAUCUGUCUUGUUUGCAGCAUUCUUCACACAGAUCCCUGGCUUCUUCCCUUUUCCGCUUAUCUCUGUCCCACUGACCUUGACCUUUGAACUCUGGGUACUCGUUAGCACUGCAAUCGAUUGGAGACAAUAAGAAGAAAAAGAAGGCUAUAUGCGGCACGAAAGGCAUUUGCAAAAACGGCUUAUGUCAGAUAUAUAAUCAUUGUGUGUAUUCAUUUCAUCUCUCUUUAACAAUCAUGUUAUUGCAUACAGCUCCUCACAGCCCUAUAUUAAUGUAGAUAUAUGUGUGCACACACACACACACACUUGUACAUGCAUAUUUACAUAGAUGUAUGUGUGCAUGUGUGCGCAUGCGCGCGUGUGUAUGUGAGAGAGUGUUUCGAUGUACAAAUCUGAAAGGAAAAAAUAUACUCAACACACGGGUGUGGUUUAUUUGUGUAUAAAAUUCUCAUCACUUAAUAGAAAAAAAAAUAAUCAGUAAGUUGAUGUCUUUGUAGAUUUGGGACAACAAUGAUAAUAAUAAUAAUAUUAAUAAUAAUAAUGAUAAUAAUGGUGUUGGUCCAUCUCUCCUGUGUUUGUGUGUGUAUUUAUAUAUAUAUACUCUUACAUAUGCACAUGUAUCUGUGUAUGUGUGUAUAUAUAUAUAUAUUUAUAUAUAUAUACACACACAUACACACAAUGUAUAUAAAAUCUUUCAAAUGGUAGAAGAGAAAGGAUACUUGACGUAGCCAUUAAAAAUAACUUCAAUUUCUCAAUUGAAAGGUAUACUGAAAAUCAUAUCUCUCUCUCUCUCUCUCUCUCUCUCUCUCUCUCUCUCUCUCUCUCUCUCUCCCUCUCUCUCAUACACACACACACACAUUUAAUCUACUGAGCCCAUACAUAGACCAUGUCUUUCUAUCAAUUUUCUAUUUAUGUCAUGCUUAAAGUCCCUUACAGAAUCAAGCUGCUUUCACCGGCAAACCAAUUAUAUCAUAUUUUGUCAAAUGAUGUGGUUCACCUGUAGAAUUAUUACAUCUGAGUUGCAAUCCUGGUUAACUUAUUUCUUGUAAAUUCUUCUCCAGAAUGUCAAUGCCUCCUUCUUAAAGAAUUUAUCCAGGAAUAACUCGACAAAUUUGUAUCUUUAGAAUUGUUUCUAGGAAUAAUUAUCAAAUUCGUACUUCUAGAACUGUUUCUUGGAAUAACUGACAAAUUUUAUAUCUUUAGAACUACUGCAUCUGGAAAUAACAGAUAAAUUUUCUGCUUUCUCAAGUUUAUGAGAAAAUUUCAACGACAACAUAAAUUAUAAACAUUGCCCAUUAUCAUUCCAGACCUUUUAUUGCUAAUAUCACUGGCUGAUAAUUACAAACCCAAGCUCAUAUUCUUUUAUUGUAUCAAUAUGUUAUUUACAAAAUGAUCAAUUUAUUUUUAUAUUUUGCAUUCAGAUAUUUUGCUUUCAUUUUUUUUUUUUUUUUUACAAAUAUUAUUUUACAAUUUUUUUUUUUUCAUGUAUUUAUUUUUGACAAUCCUUGUGCAGGAAUAUUUUAUUGUGAUCAUUUUUUUCAGUUACAUGCUAAUAUUUUUUCAUUUUGAAACAGCAUUGCCUGUCUAAAAAGGCUGUUGCUAAAAUGAGGAUUUGUAUUAUGAUGAUAAUAAUAAUGAUUUAUGAUGGGGGAAGACAAAAGAACGAGGAGGAGGAGGAAGAGAUGAAGAAAAAGGAAAAGAAGAAGAAUGAUUCUUAACUGGAAUCGAAAUUUCAAAGUAGAUUAAGCUUCUAUUUCAUACAAUGGUGUUUUAAAAUUUAUUUUGAUAAUUUGUUUUAACAAAUUUUGUUGUUUAUGUGAAUUAAAAUUAUUUUCAAUCUGUGAUACUAUAACCAGAAAAGAAAGGAAAGCUGUUAAGUAAUCUUAUCACUCGCUUACUUGCCACAUGUAAUUUGUAUGUGUGUGUGUACAUAUAUAUAUAUAUAAUUUUUCAUAGAAAACCAUGUAAUCGUUACCAAUAUAGCAAGAGAUUUCACCGCAAAAAAGUCUAAAUUAGACUUCUUAGGGUUCAUUCUCCUUGUUUAUAUAUCCAAAGUUUUAAAUUUAAAUUUAAGAGGAAUAAAUUACAAUAAUAAUGGAUAUUAGCGUCAAAUCUCUCUUAAAUUUAAAUUUAAAACUUUGGAUAUAUAUAUAUAUAUAUAUAUAUAUAUAUAUAUAUAUAUACAUACACACACACACACUAACUAACGACCUUCUCUCCUCCAACUACUUAAAGGAAUAUUUCUUCUAUGUCACUGUCUUGACUGUCAGAAUUAUUCACUGCAUCUAUAAAAAUCUUCAAUUGAAAAGUUAUUCCAAUACAAUGUAUAUGAUUGAAACCAAAUUUUACAGAUUGUACAGAAAAUUCUUUACAUUGCAUCGACUUCUUUGUCGAUUUAAAGCUGUGACCAAUUCCGAUUCCUUGAAAAUAUUUUGAUCAAUGGUUUAGAAAGGAAAAUAAAAACAAAAUCUAAAUGUUUUGUAGUGUCUAUGAAGCACAUGCUUUCUCAUGAAAUAGUCAACUAAUAUUUAUACUCUUAAGAUAUCUCAGACAUACCAGGAUCUGGAUUUCUGGUGGAAUGUACAAAGAUUAUUCAAUUGUGCUAUUUCAUGAUUUUUAGGUAUAAAAAUUUAAACAGUUCAUCAUUUUGAAACUUGGUGCAUUGCCUAUUUGCGAAUAUUUUUGAGUAUGUAUAUGUGUUAAUUUUGAAUUGUUUUUAUUGAUUUUCAUGAUCAAUUUUAUUUAAUGUUGCAUUAUUAUAAGAGAGAAAAUAUUAACUAGUCAUACUGUGAAAUGAAGUAGAUAUAUAAAACUAAAGAAAUGUCUAGUACUAAAUUGCUAGGUUAUUUCUACUAAAAUAAAAAAAAAUCUAUGGAAUUAUUUA